CUCUUCCUGUGUGUGUGUGGGGGUUUUCUGUCAGAAUGCGAGGCUGUGCGUUGUGGGAACAGAGCAUCUUGAGCAGCCAGCCCUAGCACACGGCUAUGCCUGGGCCCUGGGACAAUUAAUACAGAUUGCGAGGCUGCUCAUUGCGGAAGGUGAGCGACUGAGCAGCUCGCCCUGUCACACGCCUUACCUGGGCCCUGGGAUAUUUUUUUUACAGACUCAUCACGGAAAUUUACACUGAGUCAAGCUUCAAGCUGUGCAUCGGAAACUGGUUACCAUCAAAAUAAAUUUGAGAAAAUGUGAUCGACUGACAGGCAGCAGUGAGACAGAGAGACAACCGGUUUCAUGCUUCUUUGGUCUCAAUGGUAAAAUAUAGUCACCAAUGCUCACUGCUGCAGUCUGCUUCUGGGAAACAUAUAUGUACAGUCAAACACGAUGACAUAAUUGCCCUGACCUUGCCUUGGUCACGACCGUUCAAAGGUCACAGGCAGCGUGACUUCCGCUUCAUUUCGUCCCCAUUUCUCUUCACCGACUCAAGUCGCUAACUUACCAAGGCCGCUUAACGAGUAUACAGGAGCGAGCACCCGUUUGUGGCGAGGAUGUCUAUGGAGAGUGAAGCACAGGGAGGGGCGCUUGGCAAGAAGGAAAGAAGAAGAGGCCCCUUCCGUGCUCUUCGCAACUCUCCCCAGAGUCGCAAGGGUCAAGAUAAAAGCGACACAGCGCUGAUUCAGCGGUUCAAGGGCGACGGCGUUCGCUACCGGGCCAAGAUGAUCGGGGUCGACUUGGUGGCAGCGGCACGCGGCGACCGCAUGUGUCAGGAUUCCAUGAUUAAACUGAAGGGAAUGGCUGCAGUAGCGAGGGCCCAUGGGCAACACAAGCCGAGGAUCAUUGUGUCCGUCUCCUUCUCCGGAAUCCGGAUUUACGACGAGCGGUGUGGAGUCCUACAACACGAGCACCCCGUGCACAAGGUGUCAUUCAUCGCACGCGACGUCAGCGACCACAGAGCGUUUGGUUUUGUGUGCGGCACGGAGGGGGAUCACCGGUUCUACGCCGUGAAGACGGCGCACGCUGCCGAGGGUCUAGUGAUGGACCUUCGCAACCUCUUCCAGCUCAUCUUCACCCUUCGUGAACGUGAGCAAAAGCAGCAGCAGCAGAAGCAGCGUCCGCAGCAACCAGAGCAGCAGCAGCAGCAGGAAGGCACGGACAAAGAGCAGAGCAAGGAUAAGCAGGUCGAUUCGUGCGCCCUUUACCAGACGAUACCUGACGACGACACAGACGACCCAGUCUACCAGUACAUUAUGUUUGAGCCCAGUCCGGACUCUGAGGAGUCCAUCUACCAGGUGCCAUCAAGUCAGCUGAAGGAUGGAGUGUACGACAUCCCAAUCUACAAAGCCUCUGAGAAUGGAAGCUCUCUGUUAGAACUAGAAGCCCAAAUGGAUAGAAUGCUGUUGGACUCUUCUCAGUUUGGUUUAUUUGGAGACAUCACUACACCACCGGACAUCACCUCCCCUCCCACCCCUAUUUCUCCAGAUCUGUUUGGACUUGGCGAUGUCUCCUCGACCAAUCAACAGCUUCCGCCUCCCCCUCCAAACAAGAUGGCUCCCCUAGGUGGGUUGGCCUACAGCCUGCCCACCACCCCCGCCGCAGCGUGGGGCACCAUGGGCCCCGUAGUGAUGUACCCGGCGGGGUGGGUGGCCCCCCAGCAAGCGUCCUGGCCCGUGGCUGCUGCGGUGACCUCCCCGUUCGUUGUGGCCCCCUACGCUGCCAUGCCCCCCACUACGGCCCGCCCUCAGCCUCUGCCCGCUGCCAUACAGGCAGGGGCCCAGGCGAGGAGAGGAGCCAACAAUAGCGCAUUUAAGGACUUCCAGCUGGCCCAACCACCCCCCGUGCCGGCACGGAGCCACCCACGGGCAUCUGCACUCGCCGGGACCUCGGAUAAGUUUGCCGAGUACUUCUCCGAGAGGAUCGGCGUAGCGCAGGAACCCGACGACACAGACGAUUAUGACAUUUCACAGCUCACCGUCACGCCCUCCGCUUCAGAUCCUUCCUCGGGAUCUCUGUCGGCUGCAUCAUCAGCACCGGCUUCACCACCAAGGGCCGAGGCUCCGGCCACAGGCGCCGGCGCCACCACCACCGCCACAACCACCACCACUACACCCAGCACCACACCCAGCCAUGCUCCCACUCCCGCAUCAAGGUCAUUCGAACACAGUCCCAAAGCUACUGGAGAUAAGGCACCAACACAGAACCCCACUGAAGCAGCAGUAUCUGCUGCAUCAAUUUCGUCUGGAGGGGAUUUGUUGGGAGACGAUCCAUUUGGUGGUUCUUUAAUGUGAUCAUUCAUGGUUUUCCAGGAUGAGAAUUGACGGAGAACAUUUGAGACUAAAAAGGAAAAUCUAUCAAGGGACGUUCAACCGCGUUUUUAUUUAACCGUGCUUCCACCACCACUGACGGUGCAGAUGUUUCCCUCAUUUUAACGACUGGAAAAGCCAUCACAGAAGGAAAAACCUCAAUUGACAUGCAAGUCAAAUGAGCUGGUACAGAAUGGUGUGAAAGAAAGUGACAGAUUGGAAGAUGGGAAAAAUAUAAAUUAUGUUAAAUGAAAUCAAAUUUGGCCAGGCAAAAUGCAUUUGGAAACUGUAAUUGUAAUAUUUACUUUUCAAAAACAUUAUUGCAGGAUUCAGUGUCUCACAUAAGAUAUAUUCCUGAACUGGUUUAGCUUAUGAAUCAGGAUUAGCCUUUUGUGAAAAUCUUUCAGAAUUUUACAGUGAUGGUGAUAUUGUUGUAAUAUAUUUGCUGAAGACACUGCUUUAUUGAAAUUAUCCUCACCACCAACUCCAUCUCUCUCACCUACUCUUCCUUUAACGUUGCCAAACAAAGAUUUUGAAAAAUAAAUCUUCCAAAAUUAUCAUCUUCACCCUCGUUUCACGAUCGGAGAAUGCAAAUGAGUAUUUUCCAAUCUGAGAGAGGUUUUCAUUUUCGUUGAGACCUCAAAUUUUACAUAAUGUUGAGAAGUGUCACUCGUGAAGAUUUUUGCACAUCAUAUUGUAAAAAAAUAUUAUACUUGUUGUUUAACUCUUGACAGCUGAAAUCAAUCUUGUCAAAUUUUACACGCAUAAUUAAAGUUUUUAUACUUAAACAUG